GGCAUCAGUAGAACACUAAAAUUAUUACAUAAAUAACAUCUAUUGCCUGAACUCCUCUCUGUCAUUUUAUCCUGAUAAAAAUUAUUGUCUACGAAGACCCUCGUAAUAUUAAGCUGCCCUGCACUUGUUAUUUUUAUUUAUGGAACCGAUCAAUAAAAAUAUAAAUAAUGCGAAUAAGAUUUAUAAGUAUAGUAUUUAUUCUUUUAUUAAUAUGCUUUUGUGUAGUCUUUAAUCGAAACGUUCUAAAUAUAAAUACUUCGUUAACCAGUAACAUGCGUUCUAAAAUAGAUUGGUAUGAGUCUCGUCCAUGUUACAAUAUAGCGUUAGUUGUGUGCGGCCAUCGAUUAUGGGAAUCACUUGUGAUGAUAAAAUCAGUUCUGCUUUUUAACAAAUAUGACAAAGGCAAUUUGCAUUUCUGGAUAUUUUCUGAGGAUAAACUGAUAACUGAAUUUGUUGAGCGUUUAAAUGAUUGGCGAAAUUUAGUGCAUUUCGAAUUUGAUGUACUGCCACUGACUUUUCCAAAAAACAAUAAAGAAGAGUGGCAAUCUCUAUUUAAACCUUGUUCAUCACAGAGGCUGUUUUUGCCGAAACCACAUCAACAGCAGCAGCAGCAACAACAGGAUCAGACUAACAAUGAUGGCGAAACAAAUGAUGCGCCCGGCUCAUCGCAUCACACCGAUACGCAUGGUGGCGCAUUUCGAGCUCCCGACGUUGGGAUGCAAUCGCACAACGGUGACCACGUAUCUGGCAGUGGUUCGUCACAACAACAGAAUUCGAUGCCACACCUGCAGGCAUUCCACAGCGGGCUCCACUCGCAUCUGUUGCGCAGCCAACAACAUGCUGCAGCCGCAAUGCAACGAGAAUCCGCCAAAGCAAAAAGGCGAAAAAAUCGUGAUCCCGAUGAGCUCUUCUUGCUCUCACUCUACGAGGAGAUCAAACGUGUGCCCGAAGAGAUACGACUCGAUGUCAAGGGCAAACUCAUACAGGUGCUCCAAAAGAACCAGAAAAACCCACCGGUGAAACAUAAGAAAGCCCAAUCACAAAUGACUAAAUACAACUAUCACAGCACGCUCCAAUAACGCAUAGCAUGUAUCAGCUGCAAAAGAAAUAUGACGAGGCCACGACGUAUUCGGGCCCCUCUCAACCGUGUCAACCGACGUCAACAGUCAAGCAGCCGCAAAGCUCUGACCAACGAUGCCUCUCCCGCAUACCACACGCCCAAGAUCGAGCCAGACUCGAGUCGUCUCGCCGACUUCGGCGUGCUGGUAACUUCCUUUCGGAUUGGCGGCAUGGCAACGAUCGACUGAGACUCGAUUCGUCUCAGCGACAUUGUCCGGACCGAGCGGAACUCAAUUCGUUCCGCCGGCCACCCCAUCCGAAGCGAAGGCGUGGACGAGACACUCGUCGUCAAGCCGAUGCACGCCGUAUCAUCAAGGAUAGGCACGCAACACUACAGUCCAUCCACUGUUAUCCUCGCCUCCACGAUUUCACGAUUUUCACGUUUACAACGUCGUCCAUUACCACCGACGCCAGUAAGGUCUCUGGAGGACCACACAUUUCAACUUUUCCAGAACCUAAAACUGGCAGACAACGAUUUGUCAAGGUAGCGCCAGUCGAGAUAAUCUUGCGAGCAGACGUUUACUCCCGGCUCAUAUUGCCCGGAUUACAACCAGCGUCAAUGGGCCAACUCAUCGCCCAAAAUACGACACUGGGAUACAUAAUAUCCGGUGUCGUAUAACAUCGGCACAAUAAAGUGCACUGGCUGCCAACGCCUCUCACAUUCACCACCUACCAAGGAUCGAGUUAGACUCGAGUCGUCUCGCCGACCUCGGAAGGUGGUGACUUCUAUGCAAAAUGGCGGCAUGGCAAUGACCGACUGAGGUUCGAUUCAUCUCAGCGGCAUUUCCCGGACCGAACCAGACUCGAUUCGUCUCGUCGGCCACCCCAUUUGCAAAGAAGACGUGGAAGAGGAAGUGCAGGAGCCAGUUAGUUAAGUUAGUUUUAAGUAAUUGAUUGUAAACUGCAUUUGCAGUAAUACUGCAAGGCGGGGAGAAUGUUGACGCCGCCCCCGCCCAAUUUCUUUGCCACGUCUGUAUCGGCAGAUCAAUCUUUUCUCUUUCUCUGUUUCGAAGUUUUUUCGAAGUUUGAAUUAGCGCGCAACUAAACAAUAACUAAAUAGUUGCGCGCUCUCUCCUUUUGCGACAUCUCAGCGAUACAGACGUAGGUAAGUGUUUGUCCAAUUUAUUAUAUUUAAAAUAUAUGUAUUAUAUGAAACCCUUUGUUUUAUUUAAUAUUUCUGUGGAAUAAAUUUGCGCCGACCGUUUCCCCACGGCCAACCACAACUUUGGAACGAACGAGCACCGUGCUCCACCACCCGAACUAUCAUCUGCCGAUACAGACGUGGCAAAGAAAUUGGGCGGGGGCGGCGUCAACAUUCUCCCCGCCUUGCAGUAUUACUGCAAAUGCAGUUUACAAUCAAUUACUUAAAACUAACUUAACUAACUGGCUCCUUUGAUAAACAUUAAACAAAAAUAUAAAAAAUUUAAGUGGCUGCCAAUGUAAAAAUUAGUUCUACGGGAGAAAAAAAAUGUAUAUACCCGGUGUUGGACCGACCAGGGUUUUUUUUUUUUUU